CGGCCCGGCCCGCGGCCGCCACCUACCUGUGCCCCUGCCCGGGGCAGCGAGCGGCAGCACCUCACUGCUGGCUCCUUCCUCCACAGCGCGGCUGACCAGGAAGCGGCUCGGCACCUAGGUCACAAAGCCGGCUAAACAUUUUGAGAUGAGGAAGGUUGACCUCUGUUUGAGCACUGAAGGGACUGAAGUGAUUCUGGCUACCUCCAGUGAUGAAAAGCACCCACCUGAAAAUAUCAUCGAUGGGAAUCCAGAAACCUUUUGGACCACCACAGGCAUGUUUCCCCAGGAGUUCAUUAUUUGUUUUCACAAACACAUAAAGAUUGAAAAGCUUGUGAUCCAAAGUUACUUAGUGCGGACCUUGAGGAUUGAAAAGACCACAUCUAAAGAGCCAUUGGAUUUUGAGCAGUGGGUUGAAAAAGAUUUAGUACACACAGAGGGGCAACUUCAAAACGAAGAAAUUGUGGCACGAGAUGGCUACGCCACUUUCUUGAGAUUCAUUAUUGUUUCAGCCUUCGAUCAUUUUGCAUCUGUGCACAGCAUUUCUGCAGAGGGACUAGCAGUCUCAAGUCUUUCCUAGUAACUACAGAAAAAUUCUCUGACCUACUUUUCUUUGGAGUCAGCAGUGUUGGAGGCGAUGAGGAAACUUUGACUUCAAUAUACAGCUUACUCAAGGAAAUGACUCUGUAUGAAAAUUUAUAAUUCAUUGUGCCUAUAUAGAAUCUACUAUAGAGCUUGUGAGAUCUCCGUGCAUUAAGUUUUUAAUUUAUUAAGUGAUUGUGGCAAAAGCUAAUUGAGCAGUAUAAGCAGUAUGGUGCGGGAGUCCAGAGUAGGAGAAGUACUCAGGGGAGGUGUGACUACCAUCCUGGAACCCAGCCAGACUGAAAAGCAAGCCAAUUUGUGAGAUUUUGGUUUUGGGGGUUGUGCUGUUAUUGUUGUUGUUGCUACUGUUAUUGUUGUUUUUUGGUUUUAUGAUGGUUUGUCUUGAUUUUGAUGAUUUUUUUACUUAUUUAUUUAUGAUUUGAAAAAAUGCCAAACAAAAAAAGUAAUCUGUAUUUCUCCCAAACAGUCAUUAUUGACAUCAUUUUAUAUCCUGAUAUUUUUAUGAAGCAAGGAACCUAGUGGAUAGGAUGACUGAAUAGGACUUCUCUGACUAUGUCUUAUUCUUAUUUUAUUUAAGUAGCCAGUGGAGCAAAAAAACAAAUCGCAAAAUCCACCUUCUUCCAUCUGUCUAUCUCCAUGUCUUCCCUUCUAGAAUUAACUUCUGUUUUCAGAAAAUUCACAGGGCAGUUGAAGAAAAGUAAACAGACAAGUAACCAUUAAUGUAGCUAACUGAAACAUCCCUAUCUGUGACUUCUGGCCUUCUUUGGAUAGUGACAUGUAAUGAACUCUGGCCAAUGAGAUGAAAAGUAAUCAACUUAAAGGCUAAGCAAUAAACUGCCCCGGUGAGACCC